CUGACUGUCACAACUCCUCCUGUGUCGGCCCUCUUCUUCCUCUUCGAUGGAGCACCUCCGCACGCGUUUUAAAUCCUUUUUCUAUUUUUGUAACACACACAACGGGAACAGCCGAAAAGAUAUUUACACUAGCGAGUCUUUUGAGGACCUUUUCGUCGUCGGCUAAAGAGGCGAGCAGAUGUUCGAGGGGAGGUUGAUCGUGGUGUCCUCAGUGUUCUUCUCUUCACAACAAAUAGUCCGCCCCCAACGCAUGAAAAUAAAUCAACAGGAUUACCACGGCAAAAAGAGGAUUCCAAAUUGGGAAAACGUCUCCUGAGUGGCCACUAACAACCAACGCCAGGCACGUCUGAUUGGGUCAGAUUCUGGACUAUCUGCAGUUUGACUGGUGGGUCUGGGGUUUCCUUCUGUCAGCCAUGUUGGAGCGAGAAGAGGAAAUCACCGUCAGCCUGGCAUCAAUGGAUUUUAACUUGUGUCGACGGGGAACAAUGGAGGCAGCUUUCGGACAUCAGCAAAGACUUAUGGGAUAAAUUCAGUGAACUGCAGUCCCGCAAUGCAUUGCUCGUUGAGGAAGAAGCCGCCCACGCGAGGCUCGAACUUCUCGGCCAUCGCCGUGCCCUCCAUGCACGGCUCGGGCUACCUGGACUACAUGGUGGAGAGUCACGCCUCCAAGUCGCUGAAGAUCAUGGACGAGUUCAGGAGGCAGGAGAUGCUGUGCGAUCUGGUGCUCCGCGUCACCAACAAGGACAGGACCAUAGACUUUAAGGUGCACAAGGUGGUGCUGGCCUCGUGCAGCCCCUACUUCCGGGCCAUGUUCACCAGCAGUUUCAAGGAGUGCCAGGCCUCCGAGGUCACCCUGCGCGAUGUCUGCCCCCAAGUGCUGGGGAGGCUCAUUGACUUCGCUUACACGUCGCACAUCAUCGUGGGCGAGAAGUGUGUGCUGCACGUACUCUUGGCUGCCAUGAGGUUUCAGAUGGAGGACGUGGCCAAGGCGUGCUGCGACUUCCUCACCAAGCACCUGGAGUCGUCCAACGUCAUCGGCAUCACUCGCUUCGCCGAGGAGCUCGGAUGCGCCGACCUGUACCAGCGUGGCCGCGAGUACAUCAACACGCACUUCAGUGAGCCCUUCAUUUUCCCCUACGUGUCUUGUGGCGGUGGUGAUGCCCAGGUGACGAAAGAAGACGAAUUCUUCAGUCUGUCUCACUGCCAGCUGCUGGAACUCAUCAGUCAGGACAGCAUCAAGGUGCUGUGCGAGUCUGAGGUUUACAAGGCAUGUACAGACUGGGUGCGCUGGGACAUGGAGAAUCGAGCCCAGUACCUCCAUGCCCUCCUGAACGCGGUCCACAUUUACGCCCUUCCGCCCAAGUUCCUCAAAAAUCAGCUUCUGUCCUGCCCCAUCCUCAGCAAGGCCAACGCUUGUAAGGACUUCCUGUCGAAAAUCUUCCAGGAUAUGGCGCUGAGGAAGGUUCCUCCAGCACCCAUACGUGGAACACAACUCAUCUAUGUGGCCGGCGGAUACAGGCAGCAUUCCCUGGCCACCAUGGAGGCUUACGACCCCGUCCGGAAAGUGUGGCUCAAACUGGCCGACAUGCCGGCUCCCAGCAGCGGCCUUGGGGCUUGCACGCUCUUCGGUCUGCUCUACACUGUGGGCGGCAGGAACCUGUCGCUGGAGUGCAUCACCGACUCCAGCGCAUUAUGCUGCUACAACCCUAUGACCAACCAGUGGAGCCAGCGCGCACCCCUCAACGCGCCCCGCAACCGGGUGGGGGUGGGCGUGGUGGAUGGCUGCAUCUACGCCGUGGGGGGCUCGCAGGACUCCACGCUGCACAACACUGUGGAGCGGUGGGACCCCGAGACCAAUCGUUGGUCCUUCGUGUGCCCCAUGCUGGUAGCCCGCCUGGGGGCCGGGGUGGCGGCCUGUGGGGGGGCGCUGUACGUAGUGGGCGGUCUGGUCGGGCAGAGCCGAUCCAACACGGCCGAAAAAUACCAGCCGGACACCAACACUUGGCACCCGCUGGCGCCCAUGAGCACUGCACGCAGCGGACUGGGCCUCGUGUGCGUCAACGCUCACCUGUACGCCAUCGGUGGCUACGACGGAUUCAACCAGCUGGCCACGGUGGAGCGCUACAACAUAGCCCGGAACACGUGGGAGGACCGGACGUCCAUGCAGUGCUGCCGGAGCACGCACGGCGUGGCUGUGCACCAGGGGUGCAUUUUUGUGCUAGGAGGCUUCAACCAGCAUGAUUUCGUGUCCAGUGUGGAGUGCUACUGCCCGGAGAGGAAUGAGUGGACGUACAAAAGCGACAUGUUGCUGGGGCGUAGCGGCAUGGGUGUGGCCGUCACCAUGGAACCGUGUCCAGCCAACCUGCCUCCAGAGGAGGACGAUGACGACGACGGCGGCUGACGGACGACCACUGACGGACACUUUUGUAAAUGGACGCCUCAGACAAACGUGAUGUGGAUUAUUUCAGGUGGACACUUUUUUUAUUUUUUUAUUUUUUUAUUAUUUGUUUUUUUAACCGUGAACUCAUGACUACCAAUGUGCUACAACAACUCCAGAUAUGCCUUGAGAUGCGAGUUUAAUUCGUUCCAUGACCACUCUCAUCGCAAAAUAUUUUUCUCCAUUGAAAUUAAUGAGGCGGCUCGGUGGGCGACUGGUUAGAGCGUCAGCCUCACAGUUCUGAGGACCCGGGUUCAAUCCCCGGCCCCGCCUGUGUGGAGUUUGCAUGUUCUCCCCGUGCCUGCGUGGGUUUUCUCCGGGUUUCCUCCCACAUCCCAAAAACAUGCAUUAAUUGGAGACUCUAAAUUGCCCGUAGGCAUGACUGUGAGCACGAAUGGUUGGUUGUUUCUAUUUGCCCUGCGAUUGGCUGGGAACCAGUUCAGGGUGUACCCCGGCUCCUGCCCGAUGACAGCUGGGAUAGCCUCCAGCACGCCCGCGACCCUAGUGAGGAGAAGCGGCUCAGAAAAUGGAUGGAUGGAUGGAUGAAAUUAAUGAAAAUGCUAUUAAUCCAUUCCAUCCUACCCCCCCAAAAAAAAGAAAAUAAUUUUUUUUAAGAACAAAAAUACCACUCCAUAACAUUGUAGCAUAUAAAACAUACAUUGAUGACACAAAUAAAUAGAAUAAUUAUAGUUAUACUCACACUUCGCAUCAAUUGAAUGACCAUUGUGCCUUGGCCACCAAGGGGCAGUAAAAGAUGGUUAGACGGCUAUAUUGUAUAUCUGUACAGUCUAGAUGUCUCAGCUCCUCGUAGAGCAUAAAGAAUAUAUGACUGUGUUCCGUGAUGGUGAAUGUGUAAAUGUGUUGCUGCAUCGUUUGUGUUUAAAUAUCAGUACUUAAAGGGUUAUACGUUUCCCAUCAUGUGUUAGCAUUAGCAUUAAUCUAGUGGACUAAAGGCAUAUGAAUGGAAAUGCAAUUGCUCUGUUCCAGUCCUCCUCAAAGAAACGUACUCAACGUUAUUGUACUGUAUAAAAACACAGUAAUAACAUUGGCUCUCCGCAUAACCCACAAAAACGGAAAAUCACAAGCCAAUACACCAAAAACAGCUGUACCGAAUGGAUUGUCCUUCGCGUUGUUCGUCUUCUGUGGGGUCGAUUGGCACUUUGCAAACCAGCUCAUGGGCGCAUUAGUGCCACCAAUUGGUAUUGUCCUUCGACUGCCACUAAGCCAAUAUGAAUUGAUAGUGGAUGUUGUGAAGUGUGCUGGCGGCGGGGGUUCGUAUUUAGUUUGUAUCUCAAGACAAACAAAUUGGUCAAGCGACGGCCCGUGUCGCAAGUCUCUGCACUCGUAUCUCAAGACACGCCUGUAAUCUAUACCGGGGCCGGCUCGCCCAUAGGGCGAGAUUAGCAAAUGUUUAGGGCGCCGUGGCCUCUCGGGGUCGCCCCGAAAAAAAAAAAAAUAA